GGCAGCUGAGGCCAAGAAUAAAAGAGAAGAAGUACCUUUAACCCGAUUUAUCGUUCAUGUUCAUGGCAGAAAAAGUGGAAAAAGUUUAUUUAUCACAAUUUAUUUAUUAAGGCAGGAUAUUUUUAAAAAACAUUGCGUAUCGUGAUCAAAAAUACGAAUAUUUUGCAUUAAUCUGAAAGUUUAGUCACAAAUAUAAGCACAUUUUUAUGCGUCGCUUCAGUUAAAUAAUUUUUAAAAUGGAUUCGGAUAUAAGGUUUAAUGAUAAUGACAUGGGGUCUUCAAGUUCAGACGAUGAGUAUGAUGAAAAUGAAAAACGAUUGCUAAAGAAAUACAGGGGUGGUACACAGCAAGAGUCUGAAAGUGAAAAUGAAGUGUUAUCUGUUGGAUCCAAUGACUCUCAUAGUGAUUCUGAUAAUGAAAGCAAUAUUGCAUUGAGUGAUGUUGAAGGCCAAGAAUCUGAUGAAUUACCCGAUGUAAGAGCUUGGGGUAAAGAGAAGAGAAAAUACUAUGGAACAGACUAUGUGGAUCCCGAUUAUGGUGGUUUUAAUGAAAAGGAUGCUCAAGCAGCAGAAAUCGAGGAGGAGGAAGCUAAGAACUUACAGAAUCAGUUGGUGCAACAGUUAGAUGACAAUGAUUUUUCAUUAGACGUUAUAUUUAAAAAAAAGACAAAACAGGACGUUAAAGAGGAAUUGGAAGAGGUAGUCAAAAGAGAUUUGUCACUGUUAUCAAACAAACAGAAAAUUCAGCUUUUGCAAAAAGAGUCACCAGAGUUUUUUCAAUUAAUUGAAGAUUUUAAAGUUAAGAUGGAAAUUGCAAAAAAUAUCUUAAAACCUGCUAUAGACAGAAUUAAGGAUGAAAAACUUGCGAAUGAAAGUACAGGUUUAGAAAAAUUUGUUACAACUUAUUAUAAUUUAAUUCUGAAUUAUUCUACAAAUAUUUACAUGUAUCUUAUUUUGAAAAUCAAUAAACAGUUAAAUAAUCAUCCGAUUAUAAAAGCAUUAUAUCAGUAUCGACAGUUACUAUCUCAAAUGGAACCGGUUUUUGAGGAAAUUAUAAAACCACAAAUCGAUUUAAUUGGAAGAAAUUUAAAACAGGAGUCUGCUCAAAAACCUAAAGCAAAGAAAGUUUUAAAAAUAUUAUCAAAGAAUGUGUCAGUUGGUAAGAGUAAAACUAAAGUUAAAUCUGACCAACCAAGGAAAAAGUUGAAAAUUGAUGAAGAAGCACUUCAGAAAAGUAAAAAAGUAACAUUUGAAGAGCCAAAAUCUGAUGCUGAUUUGGAUCAGUCCACUAAAAUGGAUAAUGAUGAAGAAGAAAAUGCAGAAGGAAUUGAGGAAGCAGAAGAUGUUAGUAAGAGAGCCAUUACUUAUCAGAUGGCUAAAAAUAAGGGCCUCACACCUCACAGAAAAAAGGAACUUAGAAAUCCACGUGUUAAACACAGACAAAAGUAUAGAAAGGCUCUUAUUCGAAGAAAAGGAGCUGUUCGCGAACCCAGAAGAGAACUUACCAGAUAUGCUGGAGAAGUAUCUGGAAUAAAAGCCUCUUUAUCCAAGAGUAUAAAAAUCAAGUCUUAGAUUUGUGGGCAAAUGUGGGAUUUAACAAAAACCCUGUAUGUUAUAAAUAAAUGUUUAUAUACAAAGGUGAAAUUACAUUUAAAUUUAAUUUAUAGUA